AAACACACUGUGUAUCUACUGUAAGUUGAGUUCAACACUUGGACAAGGAAUUUGGAAUAAUUUUUGUCCGUUUAAUUAAUUAAUUUAAAUAAAGUAAUACACUGGAAGGUUGGUGCUGCUGGUUUCCUUGAAUUUCGAUAACAAUCAGAAUUUGUUAUAUGUAAGUAGGUGAAAUUAGAUCUAUUAUAUUUUUCAAUAGGUCUAUUUGUUGUGAAAGAUGGAAGUGGAACAAGAACAACUUGUCCAGGAAGUUACUCGAUGUGAACUAAUUGUCGAAAACGGGCGAAUCUACCUCCGUCCAAUUAGCGGCGCCGCUAUCUUUGUAAAUGACCAUCCAGCUAUUUCCCAAAUUAAGGACGAAUAUAAUGGAAGGCUCGCGUUACGCGAUAAUGACAGAUUGGGAAUCGGGUUAAAUGAAGAAUGUGCCGAACCGUCAGCAAGAUUUCGGAUGAGGGUGAAGGAUUUAUAUCUGCGAGACAAUGACGAUAGUAGCCAAGAAUCUUGUGACGAAAGUGUAUAUGAACUUAGCACCAGCGAUUUUUCUGAUAACAGUGAAGAUACUACAAUGCAUACCAGUAUGGAAUUAGAGAGUUGUCUCCCUUUGCAGAAAGUCUGGAAAGAACCAGGAAUCCUCUCCAACAUUUUAAGUUUCCUCCCUCACGCCGACCUAAAAUCCACCCGCCUGGUCUCUCAAAGUUGGAAAAAAGAAUCUCAGAAGUAUUUCAUCCCCCUCUCCACAAGUUCAUUACAACCAUCUCCCUGGAUUUCAGAUUGGGAAAAAGAAUUUCGCGACUACUCGGAUAACGUAAUGACCUACGGCCACCAAAACUUUAAAAUCUGUUAUAGCGGACAUCCUUCUGACGGAUUUAUAGAAGAAGACGUAUUACUCUUCAUCCGAAAAUAUGGGCAACAGAUCAAAAAUCUUGAAUUAACAAUUAUGCCUGGGAGAAAUGAUUUUGCCUUUAUGCGAGAUAUUUUGUCGGAUCCAAGCCUUCAUAAUUUAGUGGAGCUCUCUCUCACUCUUGUAUCAAACGAUUCGGAUUAUACGACGAAAUACUUUCCCACUGGAAUUAUCCUGGCAUCAGUGAAAUCAAUAAUAUUGAAUUUCGGUUUUGAACAUGAACCACCAAAACAACUUGUCUCAUUUGCAUCUCAAUUUGUAAAAAGUUUUCCAAACAUUAUAAAAUUCUUUAUCGCCGCGGAUGAUAGUAUGGAGGGUAUUUUGGAAAAAGCUGUGCUGCAAGAAUUUGUGAAUUCACCAUCGGAUGGAGGGGUCGCGUUUAAAAAUUUGCAAGAAAUCCGCUUACAAUGGGCGACAUCAGAAGUGGUGGAUAUUUUGAUUGAUUUUCCACACCAACUCAAAAUAAUUGAAACCCAUUUCGACCGGUAUGAUGUGGAUACUCAUCGAAUUCAGAAUCUAUUGGAUAAACACGGUCCAGUCUUGAAAGAAUUGAGUUUGGCUAUUCAUUGUGAUUCGAAAGAAUAUGAAACGCUGUUUGAACCACCGGUAGACAUGCCGACAUGUCCAAACUUGAAGAAACUUUCGUACACUUUUUAUUUGAAGGAUGAUGGGAUGGAAUAUGUAGAGUCAAUUGAUGUCAGCGACGUGGAUUUAUUAGGAUUUUCUCAGGUUUUUAAGAAUGGUGGUAACCUUUUCCACGCCAAAUUUCCAUUGCUACACUCCUUACAAAUAAUCAUAACACGUCAUGUGGCGAAUUUCUUUGAACAACUCUUCCCAGCAAUGGAUUCUCAAGGGAAGGAGAUUGUGAUACCACAAAUAACUCAAUUUCGUACUACUUUUCCGUAUGAAUCGAAUCCAUUGAAUACUUGGAAGGCUCGGAUUUCUUCAAUUUUCCCUAAUGCUAGUAAUCAUGAAAUGCAAGUUGUCAGUGAGAAGGCAGAAGAAAUGUUGCAAGAAUCUGAAUAGUUAAGAGAAUGUUUUUAAAUUCUUAAUUUAAUUUUUGGGGGUAUGCAGAAGUUGGCGAAGAGACCGAAUAUGACUGAACUGUGUUAUGCUGUAACUUGUGGUUCUAAAAAUGAUUAUCUCACGCACUUAUUUAUUUAUAAACACGACGUGUAUGUACAAAGUUUUAUUAUUAUUUUAUACUUAUUCGAAUUUGAUAAUUUGCUUUAUUACCCAUUACAUAAUCUGAAGCAUUUAACAUGAUGUGAUACAAUUACGCUUUUUAAGGAGAAUAUUUUAUAACUUUUAUUUUAAAUUUCUUUUCACACGUGAAAUAAAACUGUCCAAUUAACCA